AUCGGGUAGAGAUCACUUAACAUCUAGCAGCAGUAGCAAUAUUUACUGAUCAACACUGGUGAAGCUUGUGAAAUUGAAGACAAACUGGUAGCUCAGCCAUCCACACCUGCCCCGGCGAGCAGCUACCCCUAUAAAUGCCCGACCCCGGCAAGAGCGAGGUCGACUCCUCGAUGGUUCUUGUGCCCAACUACACCCCAGCUGCCUGAUCGAUGCGAUUAUAAAUCCCGGCCCAGGCGAGAGGCAAGACAGCAGCUAGCGAUCAAGUACGGGGCUGUGGUGGUUGAGAGAAGGAGCUAGCUAGGUAGCUACUGUUGAUCCUCGGCAAGAGCAAGAGAUCGAGGAGGAAGAUGGCGGACGGAGGUGGUGCAGAGACGGCGAAUCAGGUCUUCGUGACUAACCUGCCCGGGACCAUCGUCGACGACCGCCGUCUGGAGGAGCUCUUCAGCCAUUGUGGCGAGGUCCUCGAAGCCAAGGUCAUCAAAGACCGUGAGACCGGGUUGUCGCGCGGGUUCGGGAUCGUCACCUUCGUCGACAGGGAAGCGGUGGAACAUGCGGUCCGCUGCAUGCACGAGAAGCCGCAGGACGGCCACCAUAUCUUGGUCUGCAAGCACGUCAUGCCCCGCCGGUGAUCGUAUGUCCGUGGUGACCCUAAUUAAGCUUCGUCGUCGUCGGUGCCGUCUGGUUCGUCGUGUGUUUUUAUAUAUCGGGAGGGAGCGCCAUUGUUUGAAUAACAAGAUGGAUCGAUCUGUAUGCCGUUGUUGAUGGAUUGGAUCGGGACUUCUAACUCGAUCAGUGUAAUUAUCGUACGUACCUAUUUAUCAGUGCUGCGAAAAAAAAUAAAAGGAGAAGAUCAAAUGCA